CUUCUUUGCUUCUUCCUAAAUUCAUGACAAAUAUUGUCAUGACAUUAACUAUAAUAAAAAAAAAACAACUUUACGCCAUUAUUCGUGCUUGUGUUAUUUUGCUACAUGAUGCUGUCUGUCUGGUUGCACGACCAUACCUACAGUAAGGGCUAUUCGGAGUUGACAAAAAACUCAGAUGUCGAAUUCAUUGUAGAAGAACAUUAUUCGGAAUCCGAUUCCGAUGCAUCGGUGCACUGCGAAAGAGAUAAUAAAAUCGGUUCGUCGCAAAGACAGGAACAACAUGUGAUAAUAAUCCAAAAAUCUGCUGAUGACAUACACCGAUGCGAACUGUGCAAUAAGACGUUUAAAUUUGCAACAAAUCUUAAGGCUCAUAUGGUUAUGCACAGCGGCGAACGGCCCUAUGUCUGUGCCAUAUGCAGUAAAGCUUUUCCACGAAUUGCCACCUUGAACCGACACAUGCAAGUGCAUACUGAAUUUAAACCAUUUCAGUGUGAAUUUUGUGAGAAGAGAUUUCGACAAGAUGUCACUUUGAAGAACCAUAUCAGGACUCAUACCGGUGAGAGAUUUAAUUGUACAUGGUGUGAAAAAUCUUUUAGCCGGCCUACCACUCUGAAACAACAUUUACGAAUACACAUGGAGUCCACAGAGAAGCAAACACCAUCGUACAUAUACAAUUGUUCAAUUUGCAAUAAGACUUUUGAGUUACUCACAAAUUUAAAACAGCAUAUGAGCACGCAUUGCUAAUCGAAAUUUAAAAUAUGGUAAAAUUCUUAAAUAUUAUGGUAAAAUUCUUAA